CUGGCGGGAAGCUGGACACGAGUCACUGGCUGGUGCUGCUGGAGAAGGAGGACCUGGCUCGCCUCCACUCCCACGCUCACCACCUCAACCUCUUCAUUGACUCCACCUUCCUCCUGGCCGCCUUCAGCGACUGCCACGCCCAGAUCGAGAGUCUUUACCGCGUAGGGCCUAAGAGCGGGGUACUGGUGGAGGAGAUGGGAGAGUGGAGUACUGCAGGAGGGUAUGUUGGUGCCUACGGUGUUAACAAGUACGACAGGCGGAUGGAUUUCCAAGGCUAUCCCAUCCAGGGCAUUGGUGUUGACGUGUUCGGUUUCUUCACUACUUAUUUACCUGGUGGCGAACUGUCUGGCUACGUGGGCGACAUCGUUACCAUAUUAGAGAGGAACCAUAAUUUCACGCUGAGCUACAGGAAACUAGAGGGUUACGACUACGGCAAGCUGGUCCCAGGGUCGAAGAGUGAGUGGACUGGGAUGGUGGGUGAGCUGCAGAGUGGCCGAGCUGACUUGACCGUCUCUGAACUGUCCAUUACCCAGGAGCGUAGCGAGGUCAUCACUUAUACUCAACCUGUCUAUAUUAUCAGCCGCAAGUUGUACGUCUCAACUCCUGAAGACUUCCAGAAGAAGCUCUUGGCCUACGCGACCCCGAUGGACACGGCGUUGUACUUGUGUGUAUUCGCCUCCGUGGGCGUCCUCUCCCUCGCUCUGUAUUUUAUUGAACGUCUUCGUCUGCGUCUAAUCUCCUGUAAGGACGUCUCCAUGAGCCUGACGGUGGCGGUGUGGAGUAUGUUAUCAGCGCUCCUGCAGCAAGGGUGCGACACCUGCCCGUCCAGUGUGGCGGCACGGGCCAUCUUCUGGCUGGGGUUCGUGGCCUCACUGAUCGUGUACACCUCAUACUCGGCCACACUAGUGUCUCACCUGGCCGUUGAGAGGCCGGCCGCCCUCCCCUUCUCUGACCUCCGCCAGCUCUCAUAUCAGACGGACUGGGACGCCGGAGUAAACAACAACGAUCUGUUUCAGGUCACAGCGUCUCAAACGUGUGUGGGAUCACCGACGGACGAGUGUAGGAUACUGAGGGACGUGUGGAACAGAGUGGUGAUGAGGAGUCCCGGCAACAUCGUUAACUCCUACAGUGAAGGACUCCAGAAGGUGCUCGAGGGUCAAUACGUGUUCAUUGGAGUCGACGUGACCACCAACUACUUCAUCAGAGGACUACCAACUCAGGAGGCGUGUCUAGUGAAGGAGCUCCCUGGUAAGUACAUCACGGGGGGCAUCGCUAUCGGCCUCCAGCACCACUCACCCUUCAGGAGGAUCUUCGACUACAGUCUACAGAAGAUAAGAGAGAUGGGGUUGAUGAAUCGUCUAGCACUGACUUGGUUAUCCGCGGAGAGGUCUUGUUCGCUGGAGACAACAGUGACUGCCAAACUCUCUGAUGUAGCGACACUCUUUAUUCUUCUCUUGUUGGGUGUAGCAGCCAGCCUUAUCGUCCUCGCUGGGGAGCUUAUGGUCUCACAAGUAAAGGAGAAGAAUUACCGAAGACAUAAGGUGGAAAGGAGGAAAGUUUGAUUGUCCUUUUGGCUUCACAUUUAUCAAACUCCUUUUCAAGUUAAACGUGAGAGAGGAGGUUGGUUUUAUGUCGCUAAAUUCGCUCCAGUUUCGUCGAUCUAAAAGGAACAUGUGUAAAUAGAGAAUACUAAACAUCUGUUGGAGGAAUCACAUGAGCUCCCUCUUCAGAAGCGAGUGAUGAAGGUAUCCGAGAGGGGUGUCGGACAGAACCCCAUCGGAUAAAACCCAUCAGGCAAAAGCCCAUCAGAAUAAAACUCCGGACUAAACCCCUAAAAGACAAUACCCAUAGGACAGGAAAGUUAAAAAGAAAAUUAGGAUGGAUAUAGAUGAACAGGUGUAUCAAUUACCAGCUCAGGUGUAUAAGUACUAAACGCCUGAUAAUAUUCCAAUCUGUGAAUACCUGAGCUGGCUAAUUAUCUUCUAUACUGAGGUGUAUGGUAGCCAAGUGUGACCCCAUGAAUGCACACCUGUUGCCUUUGAUCAGAGGUCGGGAGCCAGGCCACCACAGUCAAGUUUAGUUCAAAUUAGUGUAAAUAUUUAUCAUCUAUAAUCUAUAUUGACACUGUACCCGAACUCACAUCUCCUGUCUAGUGUUGUGUAACAUCUUCUGUAAUUAUUUGUAUUUUAUUCCUCUCUGAAAUGAAGGGAAUGUGUAUAUAAGAUGAGUAUUAUGAAUCAUACGUCAGGCAGACACGUCAUAAAUAUUACGUCAGUUGUGUCUCAUGUUAGUAAAUAUUCUAUUAUUCAGGAAGUUUUAUUUUUUUUUAUUUUUUUUACGGGAAUCAGCCCACCCAGGCACAGGUCACUGACCCACAUCG